UGAAUAUGAAAACUCACUGUUAAUGUUAGGAAUAGACAGAUUGGCUACAGUGUCACUGGAUGGACAACAAUAAAGCAACUGAAGAGAGUGGGGAAUAAAAAGGAGUUUCAGUGCAGUCAGGAGCAAGUGGAGAAGAGAAGAGUGGAUAAGCGUGCGCUUGAUGUGCUGCAGUGUGACGUGGAUGGAUGUGGGAUUUCUCCCCUGAUCUAUGUGUUGAUGUGAUUGGUGCCCAGAGUUCACCGCUUCACAGGCUGCUGCUGCCCUGGAGCCAGAGCGCAGGAAUUCACUCUCACCGAGACUAGCACACAAGACAUUUACUUACACACGUUUCACACACCAGACGCCACAUGGACAGAUACACACUCUGGCAGCAGCACUUCAAGUGAUAACCGCACUUGUGUUUAAAACAAAGUGUUGUGCUCACCUUUUUGACAGCUGCCACAUCCAUUCCAACCUUUUUUAACAUUUUCUUCAAGAUUUAAGAAAAGGGGCUUUUUUACACCUCAUUGUCCUCAGGGCAGGAAGACAAUUGUCUUUAGUUUUUGGAGUAACAGCAUUGGGAGAUUUUGGGACUAGUUGCUCUUUGUAGCAUCAGCAUCCUUACUGUGGUAAAGCUGUCUGCGGGGGCUUGCCGUCAGCAUGCAGGUGUCUUUUGUGUGCACGGACCACCGAGCCGUCAGCCGCAGCACAGAGGACCGACUGAACCGUCAGAACACCAACAGCCCCAGUUUGGGGACCAAAAGCAAGUUUCGCGCCGUGGCAAUGGUGGCCCGUAGCUUGGGCCAACUGUCUGUGCAGAACAUGCCUUCGUCUGGUGACCACUGCUUGAGAACUGGCAUGAAAUAUAGGAACCUUGGGAAAUCUGGCUUACGGGUAUCAUGUCUAGGGCUGGGCACAUGGGUGACGUUUGGUGGUCAAAUAACAGAAGAGAUAGCUGAGCAGCUGAUGACGCUGGCGUACGAGAACGGUAUCAAUCUGUUUGACACAGCCGAGGUGUAUGCGGCAGGGAAGGCUGAAACGGUUCUCGGGAGUAUCAUCAAGAAGAAAGGGUGGAGACGUUCCAGUUUGGUCAUCACCACCAAGAUAUACUGGGGUGGAAAAGCAGAAACAGAGAGGGGCUUGUCUAGGAAACACAUCAUAGAGGGUCUAAGGGCGUCACUGGAGAGACUUCAGUUAGAGUAUGUGGACGUGGUGUUUGCUAACAGACCUGACCCCAACACACCAAUGGAAGGAGAUCCAUUUAACACUUCAAAAUCAAGAACAUUCAUCAUAGAAGAGACGGUCCGAGCGAUGACCCACGUGAUUAACCAGGGAAUGGCCAUGUAUUGGGGCACGUCCCGCUGGAGCUCCAUGGAGAUCAUGGAGGCGUACUCCGUGGCACGGCAGUUUAACCUGAUCCCACCGGUCUGUGAACAGGCCGAAUAUCACAUGUUUCAGAGAGAGAAGGUGGAAGUACAGUUGCCUGAACUCUUCCAUAAGAUCGGUGUGGGCGCCAUGACGUGGUCUCCGCUGGCCUGUGGGAUCAUCUCAGGAAAGUAUGACAGCGGUGUGCCUCCUUUUUCCAGAGCGUCUCUCAAGGGCUACCAGUGGUUGAAGGACAAGAUCCUGAGUGAGGAAGGCCGCCGUCAGCAGGCGAAGCUGAAAGAGUUGCAGGCCAUUGCGGAGCGGCUGGGCUGCACGCUGCCCCAGCUGGCCAUCGCUUGGUGUCUGAGGAAUGAGGGGGUGAGCUGUGUGCUGCUGGGGGCCUCCAGCACAGAACAGCUGAUGGAGAACAUAGGAGCCAUUCAGGUUCUUCCAAAAUUAUCAUCAUCAAUUAUACAUGAAGUGGACAGUAUCCUAGGCAACAAGCCAUACAGUAAAAAGGACUACCGGUCUUAAAAGGAAAGCCAGUGACAGUGCUUCUUUCUCUGAGCUUUGACUG